AUGCUUAUCGAAAACGUUCCUUUCGGAAUGGUUGUGGGUGGUGCGAAGGAUGUAUAUGAUGGCUCGUUUGAUGGAAUUAUCGGAUUGGGACGUCGCGCGAUGUGCCCUGAACAUACCGAACCUGUUUUCCAUUUUUUCUCCCAAAAAGGAAUAAUGAGCCGGCAAUUUGGAGUCGAGUGCCAGGAUGGCAGUGCAUCGUUCAUGAUGGGUGACGAUCUCCAGCAACUUCUAUCCACGGAUAUGACCUUCGUAAACGUUGUUAAGGGGCCUUAUUGGGAAACGAGUUUUGAUUGGAUAUUUGUUUUCAACACGGGGUUUAGCACUGGGGAUCACAGAAUGAUGUUUGACACUGGUGCUGGCGGAAUCAGUCUGCCGGGAGAUAUUCACAUGGCUAUGAACGAAAUUCUUGGAAUAAAAAAACAGCUGAACCGUGCAUAUGUGUUUGAUUGUGAAAAGUUGCCUUCCCUGCCUCCCGUCGAAUUCCGGAUACAAGGAAAAUCAUUUAAAAUUAUGCCAAAGCAAUACACAAAACAGCCUUGUGGGUAUUGUGCUGGGAAUGUCAUUUCUACAUUCAUUCCAACUAAUAUUCGACGACCAAAUGACACGCUAAACCUCUUUCGUAGAAUUUCGGAAGGAUUAGAUAAACUCGAGCGAGAUAAACGGACUAUGUUCCAAAUUCCAUUGUAUCCCUGGGGUGAUUCGCAAUAUAUAUGCAAAAUCUCUAUUGAGCAAACUGAGUUUCGAAUGUUGCUCGAUACUGGUUCACCAUCGAUUUGGGUACCUUCGGAUCGGUUUGGCGAUACGCUUAUCAAAAACACACCGUUUGGUCUAGUAAUGGAUGCUACAGAGAAAGUCUCUGUUAGUCCGUUUGAUGGAAUCAUCGGACUGGGGCGUCGGUCGAUGUCUCCAGAACAAACACAACCUCUUCUCUAUGCAGUUCAUCAGCAAAUGCAAAUGCGUCGGAAGUUUGGCUUCCAAUUUCAGGAUCGCGGUGGUUCAUUUUGGAUGGGUGAAAAUGCGAAGCAAAUUUUUUCUAACGAUGUGACCUACGUAAACGUUAUUGAUGGUCCAUACUGGGAAACGCGCACUACCACCAACGGCGAAACUACAUGCAGAACCCUUUUUUACAAUACGUCUUCCGACUGCCCUGUAGGACUUAUCAUGGGAAUGUCUUUUCUACAUUCGUUCCAACUAAUCUUUGACGAUAACGCUGGUAAAGUUGGUUUUGCGGCACGCAGCGAUAAGUCCAUUAUUUUUUAA